AUGCCUCGCCAUAGCCCACCGUUCAAAGAGGCCAAGACCUAUUUCAAAUUUGACGCGAAGGCAUGGAUAGCGAUAAACCGCCCACACUGGACGAUCACGGGGAAGAAUAACACAGUUGAAACCAUUUGGGCCGGCAGUGCCACAACUCGAGCGCAUUAUGAUGCACACAAGGUCAAUCACCCAGAUGAUGCAUUCACUCCAGGUCUUCCCAACCCUCAUCAUAUUCCCGACCAGCCAUACACAGCUGCCAAUGCAACUGCGGCAAAGAGGGGUGGACAGUUGCCUGAUGCUGCUGGUGAAGAUGGACGGCGAGCGCGAAGUGGAGAAGUAGCAACCCCGAGUGAAGAAGCUCCUGACAACGCCAGUGCGGCACUAAGUAGGAUAUCAAUCCCAGAAGAUGGAGAAAGGGGGGGUGGUGCAGCUACAGCUAUACCACAUGAAGCUCCUUCAGGUGUAGGAGGUACAGCUUCAACUGCUGGAUCAUCUGCGGCAUUGCGUAAGGAUAACUCUCUGCUUUAUCCGUUCGAGUUCUGGCCGUCCCUGCCAUGGCCAGAAGACCCUGACACUAGUAACUGGCCCACGCAUGCGGCUCUUAGCUCCCGAGACCUUGUAGCUCGAGCUGCCUUUCUUGACAGCUUCGGUCGUUUCAAUCUUUUCAAGGCGGGACUAGAGGAAUGGAGUUGGAACGGUGUGAAAUUCCUUGGUGCUGGGGCAUUUGGGAGCGCCGGCUUAUGGGUGCAGAUUGAUCAUAAUCGUAACAUUCGCAAACGAAAAGUCAUCAAGGACACAAAACCACAGCCUCAUGAGUGGCGGGAUCCUUCAUAUUGGCGCAACCACCUUCCAAGAGAGAUUCGCAUUCACCAACUAGUUGACGAGCACAGGGGAUACAAUGGUGAUCUCUUUAGGAAAGCAGACCGAAAGCGUCUUGUUAAACACUACAGCCACCGACUUAUGAUGCACCGGCGCAGGUAUCGCAUCUACCUCAAGUACUACCCUGGAGGUGAUAUUCAAUCCUCUCUCCAAUGGGCUAAUAUGAUUGAACUGGACACUAUGCAACGCCCACAUGUUGUUCCGGAAGGGUUCAUAUGGCACGUUCUUGUAUCUCUUGUCAAGGCUUGCCGUGUGUUGCGAACAGGCUUUGACCACCCGUUACCUGAUAUGGGCGAGGACUUGUUCGCGGAUUGGAAGCCCGUGACUCAUUUAGACAUCAGUUUGCGAAACAUCUUCUUGAAAGAGGCAGGAGACCUCGGAGUUCCGCGACCCCAGAUUGUGUUAUCGGACUUCGGGCAAGCCUUUUUCGAUAUGGAGGCGCGACCCGGCCUUCCUGAACACUCGCAGGAGAAUCCUCAGGAAUAUCUAAUUGGCGCAGAUAAUACUGCGUGGGCGCCAGAGCAUCAAGACGCAAUCGGCGAUCCACCAAUAAGAAUCGGUGAGAAGACAGAUAUUUGGAAUAUUGGCGCUACGAUCUGGAAUCUAAUGGCUGGCAAUCCGGAAUACGUCGGUGGUCCUCGAGGUCCGCAAAGGGAGGAUUAUACGACGGAUCAUUACCAGUCCAUUCCAGUCUCUGGAUACAAUGUCGGUCCCAUGCAAGAGACGUCCAUCUUCCCUAUACAGACAGUUUAUCGACAAGCUGCAGAUUACUCUGCAGAUUUGAAAGACGUCGUUACAUCAUGCCUGCAGUGGGCUGUGCAGGAUCGACCGGAUCUUGAUGAACUCGAAACGUGGAUACAGAGAUUUGCAACAGCAAAUCCGCAUAUUUGGAAUGACCCAAGUCCGCCCCCAGUUGCGCGCACAGGCGAUAUAUUCAGGGACGGCGAAUAUCUAGGCUACAGACCUGGACAGCGCGUAUAG